AUGGCCUCCGUCGCCUGCUUCGUCCCGCCCAUGUCCGCAAACAUAUACUACCCGGUCCUGGCCCCCAUCGCAGACGACCUCCACGUCUCCGUCGCCCUUGUCAACCUCACAGUCACCUCCUACAUGGUCCUCCAGGCCAUCUCCCCGACGCUCUUUGGCGAUUUCGGCGACAUGGCCGGCCGUCGCCCGGCCUUCCUCGUCGCCUUCAGCAUUUACCUCGUCGCCUGCGUCGGACUCGCCCUGCAGCGCGACUACGCCGCCCUCCUCGUCCUCCGCAUGUUGCAGAGCGGCGGGAGCAGCGGCGCCAUUGCGCUGGGGUUCGCCAUGGUGGCUGAUAUCUCGGUCAGCUCGGAACGGGGCAAGUAUAUGGGCAUCGUCGGCGCGGGUAUCAACGUCGGUCCCACCAUCGGUCCCGUCUUGGGGGGCGUCUUGACGCAGUACUUUGGUUGGGCGUCCAUCUUUUGGUUUUGCGUCGUUCUCAUCAGCCUCUGGCUCAUCCCGUACGCCCUCUUCGUCCCGGAGACCUGUCGAGGCGUCGUGGGCAACGGCUCUGUUCCGCCUCAGCCGUGGAAUCGGCCCCUGAUCGACCUCAUCCGGCGCCACCGUAACCGCAGACACCAAAAUCCCGGUGAUCUUUCUCAGACCGAAUCCAUACCAGCACACCCUCACCGCAAGCUCCGCUUCCCAAACCCAAUCCGCUCCGUCAAAAUAAUCUUUGAAAAAGAAAUGGCCCUCGUUCUCGCCUACAACAGCCUCCUCUAUGUAGCCUUCAUUUGUGUAGCGGCCACCCUCGGCACCCUCUUCCGCGAAAUCUACCACUUCAACGACCUCGAGCUCGGCCUCUGCUACCUCCCAUACGGCGCGGGCUGCGUCGUCGCCAGCCUCGGCCAGGGCUACGUCCUCGACUGGAAUUACCGCCGCAUCGCCUCCCAGAUCGGCUUCGCAAUCGACCGCCGCCGCGGCGACGACCUCCUAAAAUUCCCCAUCGAAAAGGCCCGCCUGCAGCCCGUCUACCCGGCCGUCGCCGUCGGGCUGGCGGCGCUUACGGUGUACGGGUGGGUGCUGCACUUCGAGGUCGGCGGCGUCGCGGCGCCGUUGGUGCUGCAGGGCGUUAUUGGGCUCACCAUCACGGGGUCGUUUAGUGUCAUGAAUACGUUGAUUGUGGAUCUGUUCCCGGACGCGCCUGCGACGGCGACGGCGGCGAAUAACCUUGUGCGGUGCGCCAUGGGCGCCGUCGGGACGGCCGUGAUUGAGUACAUGAUUCGUGGGAUGGGGAGGGGGUGGUCGUUUACGUUCCUGGCUGCCUUGUGUGCCGUCUUGAGCCCGAUGAUGUUUUUGAUAGCGAAGAAGGGUCCCGUGUGGAGGAAUGCAAGGCGGAUGAGGGAGGAGGCGUCAUGA